AUGACAUCGCUUAUCCUUUUGGGGAUAUUAACACAUCUAAUUUACAUCAUUGCUGUAUUUGAAAGUUAUAUCCAAUCGCCACUGGUCCAUGGCAUGCAAGGACAUUCAGUUCGUCAACGACCUCCUGCUAAACGUCUUGUCCUCUUUGUAGGAGAUGGUCUACGAGCUGAUAAGCUAUUUCAUAUCCAAGAUAAUAUUGCAAGAGCUCCAUUUUUGAGGGAAAAAGUUUUAAAAUAUGGUAGUUGGGGCGUAUCUCAUACCAGAGCACCAACAGAAACUAGGCCAGCUCAUAUUGCAUUAAUCGCUGGCUUUUUUGAGGAUAUUACUGCCAUCAAGAAAGGUUGGAAAGAAAAUCCAGUCAAAUUCGAUUCAGUCUUUAAUCGAAGUACUCAUACAUGGUCAUGGGGCAGUCCAGAUGUUCUACCUAUUUUUAAUAAAGGAGCUGCGAAACGAAAGAUGACAACGUUUAUGUACUCACUACCAUUCCAAAAUUCUGUUUACUAUAAUGGUAUUGUAUUGGACAAGUGGGUGAUUGAAAACUUCAGAAAGUUUUUUACCCAGGCAAAGUCUAACCAGGCUCUCAAACGAGCAUUGAAUCAAGAAGGAAUUAUGCUAUUUUGUCAUUUACUUGGAAUUGAUACUAAUGGCCAUUACUAUAAGCCGUACUCCCAGCAAUACAUAGAAAAUAUUCGUUAUGUUGAUACUGCAGUCAGGAAGAUGGUUAACAUUAUUGAAGAUUUUUUCGGCCAUGAUGGAAAAACGGCUUUUAUUUUUACUUCAGAUCAUGGGAUGAUGGAUUCAGGGUCGCAUGGUUCUGGUAGAAUACAAGAAACGUAUUCUCCAUUUAUAGCGUGGGGAGCCGGAAUUGCAUGGCCGGUACAUCCGAAUCCAAUUGAUGACUAUAAUGAUCGUUUAGCGAGUGAAUGGAAGCUACUGGGUUAUAGGAGAUUAGACAUCAAGCAGAUUGAUAUACCGCCUUUAAUGUCGAGCUUGCUUGGAAUAGCUAUACCGAUUAAUUCAAUGGGAAUUUUACCCAUUUCGUAUCUAAAUGCAAGUAAGUCUUAUAUUGCCGAAAGUACGAUUGUUAAUGCAAAACAGCUCGUCGCUCAGUUCGAGGUAUAG